AUGGCGGUAUAUGAAGGAGGUCACGUAAUCAAAAUACUUCUUGCAUUGUUUUCUUCACCUCCCUCCUUGACGAUCGUGACACCACCAAGUACAAAAUUCAGCGAUAUGACCUCCAUUCUUGGUAGUGGCCUGAUGGCCGCAGCUGCUCAGCACAAAGUGUGCCGAACAGCUCGUGUCUCGUCUUGGGAUCAGUCUGGUCUCAACGAGGAUGCCUUUGUGGUUCUUCCAGGCCAGUCGAUUACUCUGGCUGAUAUCGAGGGCCCAGGAACCAUCACUCAUCUCUGGUUCGUUCAGACAUGUCGGAAGAUUUUGGGACCUGGAUUAAUCCCGUAUUCGAAAUCAGGUGUUGCCAUGAUGGAAGUUCACAAUGCUCUUGGACUCAACUACGAGAUCAGUGACCCAGAUUAUUACCGCAAAGUCCUGAUCAAAAUGUACUGGGAUAAUUCAGAAACACCCUCAGUCAUUGCUCCUAUUGGCGAUUUCUUUUGCCUCGGCCACAGCAUGGCAGCAAACUUUCAAUCCUUGCCAUUCACUGUCAGCGUGAAACCCUCGGAAGAACGAGCAUUUGGCGGUUCGGCAGCUUUCAAUUGCUAUCUUCCCAUGCCUUUCAACAGCCGAGCACGCAUCGAAAUUGAGAAUCAGAAUGACGAAGCCUACAUUCAAUAUUUCUACAUCGACUACGAGCUAUAUCCUGAGCCUCACCCAACGGACAAAUUACUCUACUUUCACGCUUCAUGGAACAGAUCCAAUCCUACACCAGGCUGGACCACAGACCCAUCAGUUCAGACCAACAGCCUAGAAACCCAAAUCCCCAACCUCGACGGCGCAGACACAACCCGGAACUACACCAUCCUCGAAGUCGACGGCGCAGCCGGAUCCUACAUCGGCUGCAACCACUCCGUUACCCAUUUCCAAGGCACCUGGUGGGGCGAAGGCGACGACAUGAUCUGGGUCGACGACGACUUCGACGCAACAACCGACACCGCAACCCUCAGCAAACUCUCCAAAUUCCAAGGAUCAGGGAGAAAACUCAACGCCUGGCCACCAAGCUUCCACGGCACCGGCGGAGAAGACUACUUCUCCCAAGGCUGGGGCAUGCAAAAGAACGCCUACCCCUUCUGCGGCACCAUCAUCCACGAAGAAGACAGUCCCAACAAAGCCUACCAAGUCAGCUACCGCUGGCACCUUCCCGACCCCGUCCGUUUCGAGAACAAAAUCAAAGUCACCCUCGAACACGGCCACGCAAACCACCUCAGCGACGACUGGUCCACAACCGCGUACUGGUACCAGACGCUAAACAAGAGCGGUAAAGGCCUCACAAUCCUGCCAGUCGACCAGCGCAUCCCGCGAAAGACAGAAAUCACGCCAAAAGCACCUGAGAAGAGUACCGUCAGCGAGGGUCAGCUCAGCGAACUGCAGAGAAAGAUGUUGAAGCAGAGGCAGGACAGAUUCGAUGAAUUUGUUGCGGAUCGCAAUUCGUGGUUGGAGAGACGCGCCAAGGAUAGCAAAAUUCGAGCUGAGAACAAUGUGCAGAUAGCAAAGGAUAUUCGGUCAAGGUGGUUGGCUAGCCGAUCUAAAUAG